AUGUUAUGUCUCCUGCUACGGGAGAACAGCAGCAGCCCUGGAAAGGCGCAGACCGCGCAGGCGGGCAGAGGGCAGGGCUGGAAGCCCGGCGCACGGAGCUCUCACGGGGCAGCGCCCGGCUGUCCCAGCCGUGUCCCCGCGCGCUCCGUGCCCGCUGUCCCCGGGCCCCGCGACCGCCACACGCUCCCCUCAGCCUCCGGCCCCGCGGCCCUGCCGAGCACCGCGCAUGCGCAAGCACGGCGCGGCCACGGUCACGGCGCCGUGCGCAUGCGCGGCCCGUCCCCGCAGAAGGGUGCGCAGGCGCAGCGCCGCGCGCGGGCCAAGAUGGCGGCCGGGAGCGCGUCGCGCUGGGUCGCGCGGGGCUUCUCCCCCGGCCGUGCCCCUUCGUCCAGCCGGCCCGGCCCUCACGGCGGCCCCUCUCCCUCCUCUCCCGCAGGGACGAAAGGCGCUGCCGCCGCCGCCUCCGCCGCCUUCCACAGCAGCGCGGCCCGCGCCAAGGAGGACUAUUACCAGGUGCUGGGGGUGCCCCGCACCGCCACGCAGAAGGAGAUCAAGAAGGCCUAUUACCAGUUGGCAAAGAAAUACCAUCCUGACACAAACAAGGACGACCCCAAAGCGAAGGAGAAGUUUUCUCAGCUGGCCGAAGCCUAUGAGGUGCUGAGUGACGAGGUGAAGAGGAAGCAGUACGAUGCCUACGGCACGGCGAGCUUCGAGGCGGGCGCGGCCGGGGCCGGCGCGGGGCGGCAGUACUGGAGCGGCGGCCCCUCCAUCGACCCCGAGGAGCUCUUCAGGAAGAUCUUUGGGGAGUUCUCAGGAUCCCCGUUCGGCGAUUUUCAGACUGUCUUUGAGCAGCCACAGGAGUAUAUCAUGGAACUGACAUUCACCCAAGCUGCAAAAGGUGUUAACAAGGAGAUUGUGGUGAACAUGCAGGACUCCUGCGUGCGCUGCGAUGGCAAGGGACACGAACCUGGCACCAAAGCUCAGCGCUGUCACUACUGCAAUGGCACGGGCAUGGAGACGAUCAACACGGGCCCGUUCGUGAUGCGCUCCACGUGCCGGCGCUGCGCCGGCCGCGGCUCCAUCAUCACCACGCCCUGCGUCAUGUGCCGGGGCACAGGCCAGACCAAGCAGAAGAAGACAGUGAUGGUUCCUGUGCCAGCUGGUGUUGAGGACGGGCAGACAGUUCGGAUGCCUGUGGGGAAGAAAGAAAUUUUCAUUACGUUCAGGGUUCAGAAGAGCUCUGUGUUCCGACGAAACGGAGCCGAUAUCCACUCGGAUCUCCUGAUCUCAAUAGCUCAGGCCGUGCUGGGAGGCACAGCCCGCUGUCAAGGCUUGUAUGAGACAAUCAACAUCACGAUACCCCCUGGUAUUCAGCCAGACCAGAAAAUUCGAAUGAGUGGGAAAGGCAUUCCCAAGGUCAACAGCUAUGGCUAUGGAGACCACUACAUCCACAUAAAGAUAAAAGUUCCUCAGAGGCUGACGGAUCGCCAGCGAGCCUUAAUGAUGAGCUACGCCGAGGACGAGGCCGACGUGGACGGCACCGUGAACGGGGUCACCAGCACGGCGUCAGGUGGCAGGGCCACGGCUAGCGCUCACGCAGGCGGGGAUAGGCCUGAGGCUCAGGAGAACAAGGAGGGAUUCCUUUCCAAACUUAAGAAAAUGUUUACCUCCUGACACCCCAUCCGAGGAAAACGUUCUACUGGGAACUAGGAGCCAGCAGCAGCAGGUCAUCCGUGCAGUUGGGGGUGAAUCUUUCUGGCAGCCAGGCUCUGGAGAACACAGGAUGUCAGUCAGCAGCACAGCAAGAAUCCCAGCUGGAGAGGCCAAAGACCACCAAGGCACCAACACAAACCCCAUCCACUGUCCUAAGAACUGGCAGUGAAGGAAAACACCAGCUUAGCAGAAGUGUGGCUCUCUGGAGGCUGCUCCACAACCCCACUGCUGCUGGAAGCUCAUUUGGUAAAAGCUAAAGUUGAAGUAUUGUUUAGGAUCCAAACCAGAGGAAAUGUGAAACAAAUAGCCCAGCACAGAGCAGCAAUCUGCUGUGUGGAGACCAAGCACACCAGCUGCUCACUCAGGUGCCCUUUGGAAUGCCACAUGUGCUUGGUGAACUCUCCAGGAGACUUGGUGGGUCAGGAAGGUCUAACCUUGUCUUCACGACAGCCCUGCUGCCCUGCACAGCUCCAAGUGAAACCUCCCUGUGGCUGGGUGUUGUCUGAGCCCAGCUGGCCUGGCUCCCUCACAGCCCUGGGCUUUCUCUAUCCUGCUGAUUGCCUGCACAGAGCAGUGAUGGAAUCUGCACUUUGCCUCAAGUUUAUCCCCCAAAUAACUAAAGUUACCACACAACUGCUGUCGCUUCUGGACUGGUACAAGUCGAUCACUGAGCCCUUUGCCAGCUGGGGACAAAAAUAUUUUAUUACUUUAGUGCAACACCCGUAGCGUCAAGGAUUGGUCAAAGCAUCGUUGUUUAACUUGUGUGAGAGUGCAAGUGAGGUGGAUCACUCCUUCCAGAUGGAGCUGAGCUCUUGCAGUGAGUAUUCCAUGGUUACUGUAGCCUGCUGUGUUUGUGAUACUGUGCAGGUACCAUCAGCCCACAUACUAAUCAGUUCAACCCCAGUUAAACAGGGACAUGCUGUAGUCUUGCCCUUCUUAAUUUGCUGAAAUAAAGCACGCGUUGCCUCCUGAUUAAACUUCUGUAAAGUGAUUCUGUACCCAUGUAAAUAAGAUGGACUUCAUAAAGAUAUUUAACACGU